AUGAAGGAUGCUAUCCCCACAGCUCUCAUGUUGGCAUGCUUAGCUAGGAAAAUGCUCCUUCAACAGCAGUCACAACGAGAAGUCACCGAAUUGGAUAAGAUGGCUGAGUUCUAUGAAAGGAGUGCAGUAGGAAUCCUGGAGGAGUGUCAUGUGACAGACUCACAAGCAACUUUGACAAUGCUCUGUACCAUGAGACCUCUCUACGGAAAUCUCUCCCAACUCCUCUUAGCCGAGGAAAGCCAAUCCAUGAACUUCAUUGAACACCAAGCCUGCCAAACUUGCAUCAACAAAAUGUGGAAUCGACAUUUAAAUCCCAGUAUUCAACCAUUUACGUACCUCAUCAGUCUUAUAGCUGGUGUAAUCUUACCACCGCUAGUGCCUUUCCUGGCCGAUUACAACUAUUCUGGAACUAGACGCUCUGAAAAGCAUGACCAUGGCCACAUAACUUCUAGCAAGGCUAAUGAAAAGAAAAAGCCGCCUUUCAAGUCGACAUACAAAUCGAAGUUUCUGGACUUCUACAAAGCGCCGCGUGUUCGAUUCGCCUAUAGUGCCGUGAGUAGAAGUGCAAUUACCCCUCUUGUAUCGAAUGAAAAAUCAAUAUUGCAUAAUUGCCUAAUAAAGUCCCCAUUUGGCGAGGACAAAUGUCAAAAUAUCGAGUUAAAACAGUGCGUAGACAAAAAAAUGGUGGUUUAUUUAAUUUAA